AGCACAAGACAGACACAUAGUCACACCUAUAGAGGGGGAGAGACCUCGAGAAACGUACCGCAACACCUGGAGAGGGGGAGAGAGAGAGAGAGAGAGACCGACCCCUUCUUCCCCCCAUCUAUAUUCACACUCCUAUGGACAGACACACUCACAGCCCUGGUCCCUCAGUGUUUUCUCUGUUGUUACCGACUCUAUUCAUCCAUCCAAGGGCUGUCACACACACCCCUCUCUUUUCUUUUCUUGUUCUUUCAUAACUCCCCACUGCCUGCCAGUCCCAAACAGCACAUUGUGGAAAAGCUGGACUGGGCCCAGCGGGAAGCCCACACCAUGCAGUUCAAAGGGUGGCCAAGUCACAUGAAUACCAUCCUCAGGCCGGUGAAGAAUGAUGGAAUUGUUCUUAGCACAAUCUCUGCCACAGAUGAACUUGCUGCAAAACAGAGUGGAUAGCAGAGCUGAGUCAAUUGACAAGAAAAUUAGUAGGCUCGAUGCAGAACUGGUGAAGUAUAAAGAUCAGAUGAAGAAAAUGAGGGAGGGGCCUGCAAAGAAUAUGGUAAAACAGAAGGCUUUGAGAGUAUUAAAGCAGAAGCGAAUGUAUGAACAACAGCGGGAUAAUCUGUCACAGCAGUCUUUUAAUAUGGAACAAGCCAAUUACACCAUACAAUCACUGAAGGACACAAAGACAACGGUUGAUGCUAUGAAACUGGGGGUGAAAGAAAUGAAGAAGGCUUACAAGCAAGUCAAAAUUGAUCACAUUGAGGACAUACAAGACCAAUUGGAGGAUAUGAUGGAAGAAGCCAGUGAAAUCCAGGACGCACUGGGUCGUAGUUAUGGAACACCAGAGAUUGACGAAGAUGAUUUAGAAGCAGAACUGGAUGCCUUAGGUGAUGAGCUUUUAGUUGAUGAGGACAGUUCCUAUUUAGAUGAAGCUGCAUCUGCUCCAGCAAUUCCAGAAGGCACUCCUACUGACGCAAAAAACAAGGAUGGUGUAUUGGUGGAUGAAUUUGGACUGCCACAGAUCCCUGCUACAUAAACAUGCAUUUUUAGAGCACAUUGGAAAUGGCAAGUUACGUCUUACAAAUCAAAUUAGCAAAACAUUUUUUGAAAUCCUGGAAAACUUGCCUUUUCAGUAAAACCUUAAUAUCACUACAUCUUAAAAUGCAAUAUGAAUGGCUGGUGGUAUUUCCUUUCUUGGAAGAAAGUUGAUAUACUACUGACUUUUCUAUUAGAGGAGAAAAAUUGGCACAGCUUCCUUCAGUGGAUGCAUUCAGUCUACUAGGUUUUGAUUAUCCAGUGUUUUAUGGAAGAAAUAGUACAUGAAAAAUAGUGGUGGCUGUUAAUAGUUGAGCUUUGUCUUGAUUUGAUUUGUAUUAUAUUUCUGUUUUCUGAAACAAACUAAGACUAUGUGGCUGCUUACCUUCUGUAAGAUAGCUUCCUUAUUACUUACUGUACUGAUUUAAUAACAAAUGGAUGCAUUUUUAAGAAUACUUCAGUUCUGAGACUUGAUAUUGUAUUUGUAACUCUUAAUUACAGCUGUAACAAAUAAAUAUAUACAAAGGUUAUCUUUAACCUUAUGUAUUCCAUUUUGACAUAAAAGUUUAUACCAUAGAGUAGCUUAUCCUCUUGUGUGGUGUUUUUGAUAGCAGUUUUAACCUGUUCCUUGUUUUCAUCAGUGUCAUUCAGCAUUUGAGCAUAGGCCUUCCAUUAACAUGCUUGGUCUAAAGCUGGAGGUUGGUCAUGAUCCUCAAAUUUCUCCACCCUUUCAUAUAUCUCCCUUUUAGAAUUCCAAAAUAACAUUACUGUAAGACCAUUGCUACUGCUGUGCUUCUCCUCUUGAGUUGUCAUGAGUUGGAGCAUUACAGCUUUCUCUGACCACUAUUGCUCUGUAGAUUGUCCAGCAAAAAGUGGUUAUACAACAAAUGGCCAUCUCCCUUUCUUUGGACCCAUUGGCCAGAAGAGAGAGUACUCUCAAACUCAAAUCUCUUCUAGUGAAGAUUGUAUUGCCAAGCCUUGUAGCAGACUCUUUCAGAAGUCUAUGGCCCAGAUAGUUUUCCAUUUUUAUCAGGAAUGAAGUAUACAAAUGUUUGUUGUACAGAAACUGAAACUUAUUUAUGCUUAAUAAAGAUAUUUUUCCAACA